AUUUACAAAAUUUGGAGAGCCAAUUGGAAAUGAGCCUUCGUGGUGUCCGUAUGAAGAAGGACCAAAUUUUAAUGGAUGAAAUUCAAGAACUGACCAGAAAGGGGAACCUCAUUCAUCAAGACAAUGUGGAACUCUAUAAGAAAUUAAACCAAAUUCGUCUAGAAAACAUGGAAUUAUAUAAGGUUUAUGGAACAAGGGAUGUCAACGGAACAAACAAAGAAUUGUUUGUCACAAAUGGUCAAAGCAAUGAGGAGGAUCCACGUGUCGCUGUCCAUCUCCAGCUAAGCCAGCCACAGCAACAAAACUACGAAACACCAACAAGAGCUACAAAAUUGGGCAGAUUGCAAUUGUGUUAGCAAAAGAAAAUGCAUCAAAGUGGGACGGGAUGUCACUCGAUUUCUAUCAACAAAUAGCUCAUGGUUCCAAAAGUUAAGUUUCUCAUAGUAGAUGUUUUAUGUUAAAAUCACCAAUCAUUCAGCAAAACAACAUUGGUUUGAAAUGACUAAACAAAUGAACAUUUAGUAUCGACGUGAUGAUCAAGAAAACCCAGCUAGUUAUGUAGGGAUAAAUUAAGUGUAAUAAAGAAGAUUAAUAUAAAGGAGAAAAUGGA